AUGGGUGAGAACCGCUAUCGCCCGGCCUCCCCUCAACGCCGGUAUGGCGACCCUCGUGCCUCCACUGGCAUGGUCUUCUCAACAUCCUUUGAUGGCACCAAUGCUCGAUAUGCUUCUCAACCUCGUACUGCCGUCGAUUCCUUUCCAGUCGCUCGCCAUGGAAGUUUAUAUACAACCCAACCAGUAAGAAAGACUUUUCUCGACGAUUCCCACCCAGGCGGUUCCAUUACAAGAACAGAAUACAGUGUGCGUCCGAGGAACAAUUCCAGUGUUACCGAACAGCGCCGCCCUAUGUCUACCUAUGUCCCUAGACCGUCAAACUCGCCUCCACGCAUUCGGCCUACAGUCGUGUCGUCUACGCGAGACGACCCAAGACCUCCUCAUGUUGUCCCGGUACGAGAGGAACGAUACCUAGUUCCCGCCUCAGGCCAACCACGACAUCACCAGCGCCAUUCUUCUGCGACUCGUGCUGACCAGGAUAGACUUGGUCCACUCAGAAUCCCUAGGCAACCAGAGUACCAUCGAGGAGGUGGUUAUAACGCAACUCCCACAUAUGCAUCCCACAAUGGUCCUCUAAAAGAUGAAGACUUCUCCUACACGACUCCCAAAGAACAAUUUCUUCAAGAAUCCUCCUCCGCCAUCCCUCAACGCCGGGAGAGCUAUAGUCGGCGAGAGCGGCCAAUCAGUAUGAUCGGUAUCGUUCCCGAAUACAGAAUUCCACAAGGGAGGAGAGACAUGGGUCCCCCUCCAUCCUCCGCACGCAUCCUGGAGAGAAUCGAUAGACCAGACCCUUAUAGGUCAGCGGGCACCCGAGGUACUGAUAGUGACACGGAUCGCGAGCGUGGUAAUGAUGUCCCAGUUCGCCGACACUCGACUCGUGCCCCUGUCCUACAUCAAUAUCGAGAAGACCGGAAUGGUGGUCGUUCGUCGCCAAAGGAUGAUCGUGAAAUGCGACCUCCUCCUCGCCCACGUAAUGAUCGCUACGACGAUGAAGAUCGUGUUGCCAAGCCUAGACACAGGGACGAUCGAGAAAGAGAACCACCUCCAACUCGUGACAAUGAUCGGCCUCGCGAACGAGAUCGAGAGCGUGAUAGAGACCGAGAUCGAGACAGGGACAGAGACAGGGACAGAGAUCGGGACCGAGACCGAGAACGAGACCCCGACCGAGAACGUGAGAGGCCACGAGACCUUGAGAAGAAUGGCAAAUUUCCAGAAGAACGACGCAAACCUCGGAGUAGGGAUCCCAGUCCAGAACAUUCUGGGAUACGGAAAGGAGUGGCUGCCGCUGCCGGACUGGCGGCUGCAGGUGGCAUUGCUAGCCUAGCAUCAAAAGCUCACAAUGGUCGUGAGGAGUCUGAUAGCGAUGACCGCAAAGAGAGAAAGCACCGGAGACGACACAAUCAUCGAGACGAUCCUGAAACCGAGGAACUUGCCGGUCGUGUCGAGAGAGACAUCAACAUCAAUGGCGAAAGACCAUCGCAUGACCAUCGUAGAGGAGAGCCGAAGCCCGACGACCCAGCGGAGAAUGAAGAACGCCGGGAACGGAGAAAGCAUCAUCGUAAACAUAGAGACAAGCAGGGACGAGGAGAGGAAUCUGAUACCACUGAAGAUUCCAUCGAGAAGACUUCACGUCACCGGGGUCAUGAGAGAGAACGAGAGGCUGAGCUUCGGGAGCCCGCUCGACCACGUCGUGAAAGAGAUCCUUCACGUGAAGAUGAACGAGCUCCACCUGAACCCCAACAGCAACGUACAAUGUCACCCGGUGAAGAUGAAGACGCUCGACCCCGGCGGGUACAAUUGGUGGAGCCUGUUGAGAAAAAGGAGGAGUUCAAACCCAAGGGUAUCCUCAAAAAACCUCGAGCUGUGCCAUUCCCAGAAGAUCCCAAUCCUCAACGAGAAGGUGUUGCACCUCUUAAGGAUGCUGGCAAAGAAGGUAUCCCUCCUAAUGCCAGAUGGACCAAAAUCAGUCGUGCCCUCGUCAACCCAGAAGCUCUAGAAAAGUCCCAUGAAAGAUUUGAAGAAAGGGACGACUACGUCAUAGUGCUACGUGUGGUCACCAGAGAAGAGAUCAUGAAAUUCGCAGAGAAGACAAAAGAAAUCAGAGAAACCCGAGAACGCGAGUGGCAGGCUGAAUUGGAGCAGAAGCGUCACCAUGGCUACAGCGACAGCAGUGAUGAUGAAGGCCCGAUCAGUGUUCCACGGAUCGAACCCGCUCCACUGAACCAACAAGAUUUCCGAGUACAACUCCAGCAGCAGCAGCAACAGCAGCAAUCUGUCCCCGUGAGAGUCGAGCAACCCAUAGGAGUGCCAGGCACAAUACCACCCAUUACCGCUCCGCCUCCCCCUGCUGGAGGCUUUGGACCAGGCGCUGGCAUUCAAACUCAACCACUCGCACCAGUCCAGCAGCCACCACAGCAACCGUCUGCGGCACCCAUACCACAAAUCCAGGUUGAGCCUGUUCCGGCGAGCUAUUCAACCAAUGUGUGA